AUGGGCGUGUAUCGAUCCGCGGCGGAUGAGGAGGCUUUUAAGCGGAUCAUCUCCGCUGAUCCGGAGUGCAAACGCUGCUUUGAGUGCGGGGCGACCAACCCACAGUGGUGUGGGGUUAAACACGGGAUUUUCCUCUGCUUGGAGUGCAGUGGGGUGCAUCGGAGCCUUGGGGUCCAUCUUUCCUUCGUGCGAAGCUCCACAAUGGAUAGCUGGUGUGAUUGGCAGCCGGAGAAGCUCCGUCAAAUGCAGCUUGGCGGCAAUCGGCGGGCGCGACUCUAUUUCGAAACCUCAAGGGUCCCUGAGCGGCCGAUUAAGGCGCGUUAUGAAUCCCUGGCGGCUCUGAAGUACAUGUCAAUGCUCGAGGCGGAGGCUCUGGGGAAGCCCUUUAAUGAGGCCACCUGGCGCCCACCUUCGUGGUUUACGCAAACCCAUCAAGGCAAUAAUAGUACAACAAAUUUUAUGGGAAAUAAUCCCACAAAAGGCUUCGACAACGAGAGGGUAAUACGCGCCCCACAACAACAUUAUAAAAUUGGUGAUUUACGCGGUGACCGGGUCUCUUCAGCACCAGGGUGGGGAAAUCGCAACUCGAUGUCGAGCAAUAAUCCUAAUUCUACUUCCAAGCCCCUUUCCGAAACGAGCGAACUUCUGAGUGUCGUGAACUCAGGAUGGAGUCUCUUGAUGAACAAAGGCACGACGAUUGCCAAUUCCGCCUCGGAUGCACUCAAAGGCGCGGAGUUAAACAGCUUUAAAGACUCCCUUUCGCGAGGUUGGAUGGGGUUGUCCUCCGCCGUGACGAACUAUGCGCAGGAGGUGCAGCGCAAGUUCAAUGAUCUCCAAGAACGAGAUCCGGCGGACGGACUGACGGGGUUAGUUGAACACGCAAAGGACGCGGGUACGGGACCGGAGACCCUUCUCAUGAGUCCGGGCCGCUUCGGUCAUGUGGAAUUCCAUCCUUCCCAAUCGCCCUCGUCGCCUUCACCGCGGACGGGGGGGGUGGCGGGGUGGUGCAGUCCUCUUCAAAAAGUUGAUUCCCAGACGGCGCUUUCUAAUCGAGUGGGAGGCGUCAAAUCGAAUGGGAAUGUUUAUAACCACAAUUCUAUGUAUAAUGAUGAGUCUUCCUGGGGAAAGACGGUUGGCGUGCAUGGCAAAAAUGGAGUUUCUUCUAAAAAUCAAGGUAAAGAGGCGCUUACUGAGAAGUUGAUCAAAAAAAAAGAUAACAUUGAUUGGAGCUGGGAAGACGAUUAA